GGACUGUAACAGUCAGAUCACUGGUCUGAUUCCUGUGACGAGGUGUGGCUUCAGAGCACAGAUAAAUAGGUGUGAGUCCCAUCCUGUAGAGGAACCAGAGACCUGGGAUCACUUCUCCACGUGACGACUGGUGUUGGAGCUGUUUUACCUGCAGUGAUGGGUGGUGACACACUGAUCUGCGCUCCAGUUUGUCUGCUCCUGUGCUGGAUGCUGCUCAUGGACCCAGUGAGGACUGUAGAACUCGGCAUGGUUGAAGAUUCUGUUGAUGACAUGUACUCUGGCUGCACUGACAAAAUGAAAGAUAUGCAAGAAAUAAAAGAAAAGAAAUAUGAAGAAAAUUCAAAUGUGUUGGAGUGUUCAAAGAAGACUCCUGACAGAGGAGACGAGGCUCUGACUGAAAAUCACAUGAAAGCAAUCUGUGUUUACACCUCAAACGAGAUUUAUAAAGAGUUUAAUAACGCAGUUAGGGAAAACAAGAGCAUCUAUAAAAGCACUUUCAAAUACCAUUAUUUACAUUUUUGGCUCACAACUGCCAUACAGACCCUGAAUAACAACCAUCACUGUAGCACAACUUAUAGAAGAAGCAGGAUGCAAUUUACUGGUCAAGUUGGAAAUAUAAUUCGGUUUGGUUCCUUUACCUCCACUUCUCUAAAAACAAACCUGAAAAGUUUUGGUUCAAAGACCUGCUUUAAAAUUACAACCUGUUUAGGAGCUGACCUGAAGCAUUAUUCAAUAUUUGAAUCUGCGGAGCAAGAGGUGCUUAUACCCCCCUAUGAAACAUUCAACAUAACAGCAGUAUUUAAGGGUAAAGAUAAACCUGAAGCUCUGAAGGACUGUGAGGUCGUCUUUGUUUUGAAGGAUUUUGGAGCUUCCAGUCGUUUAAACUGUGCGCUCAUUACAGGCUCUCCUUAACACCUGUUUGACUUACUGCAGACUAGUGUUGUCACACUUCCCACCAUCACUUACUUCAUACAGUAUCACAUGUAGGUGGCUUCUACUUUAUUGUUUUGCAUUAAAGAACAUUUCUCUGUGUGACAUAUGUGUCAAUGUGAAAACAAUAAAUUUGACAUAUGGAAAGAA